CCCUUUUUGCCUUCUACACAUUAAGUUCGUAAAAUAAGAUUAUCCUGGAUACUGUUUUAUAUUGAAAACGUUUUCUGAUGACAUUGCUUUAUUGAAAAAAAAACACGAUGUCGUGGACGGUAGGGUGUCACUAUAUGCAAAAAAAUAAUAAUAUCAGUUUGUGGGGAGAAAGCAAUUUCAUGUGCGUGUUAUAACAACAGUUGAAUUGAUGUUAUGUGCACGCAAAAGCGAUAUGUAUUUUUUUCAAGCAAGACGGAUAGUACAUGUACUCUUUUAUUAGCCAACUUCGUCUUCGAUAAGCUUCGCGUAUUGGCAUAGUGAUUGACGACUGCACACUGCAGUUUGAAAUAGAUACAUUGCCAGACAAAACCAAGAUAUUACUCAGUAUUCUUUUAUGGAUUAAUUCGGAGAAAACUUAGAAGUCUCCGGUGUUUGGGUUCCCGGUAGCCGAACCAUGUCGUUCCAUGGGAUGCUUCCCCGGCGGGACGUCUCCGAAUCCAAGGAGAUCCUUUGUCGGAACACCGACUCCGAGUGGUAUGAGGAAGAGCCCGCGGAUCUCAAAGACCUCUUCAAAUCCACGAGCGGCAAGGAGGCACCCACCGGAAGUGGCGGGCUGUGUCACCAACUGGUCACCCUAACGGACUACUCAACCAACCCAUUCGAUUACCUCAACAAAGCGGCGGAUCUAGUUCUUUCUAAUUUAGUCGCCAAGUGCCUCCUGUUUUGCGCCACCAGUGUGCCCAUCACGAUGAUCAUUGUCGGCAGCAGCUACAAGGACGAGUGUCCACAGAUCAGCAUGUUACCAGUGUUCCUCCUUGUCGGCGGCUUCAGCGGCCUCCUGAAGAUCAUCCUGCUCUUCGUGCGACGUCGAAAGUGCCCGGAUUACGACCAGUUUCCCGACACAGCGGAGGACGUCGGAGGGGACGCGGUUUUAUCGCGUUUUGUUAAGUUUACGGACAUCGGGUUGAACGCAUUUCUCUUGGUGUGGCUCUUUCUUGGCAGUUACUGGUACUUCAGUGCCGGGACACCGGUUUUUACACAGAACCUGCACCGACCGUACGAGUGGUGCAAUGAGUUUGUCUUCAACUUUUGUUACUAUUUUUUCAUAUUUUGUUUUGUUGUUUGCUCAAUUUUAUUUAUCUUGUCAGUUGUCCUUAUGGUACUGUUCUGCAAAACGGCAAUAGAAUAUACUUAG